AUGCAUGAUAAUGUUCUGCAUAUGCUAACAGAGCAAGCACCCAAUGUUUCUGAACCAGCAAUAGUUCAAGCAGUUCCCACACCUUCCCUAGAGCCUCGAAGCAUGUCAACAAGACCCAUUUGGGAAGCUCCCCUACACACAAAGAAAAUGCCAGCCUUGAAGAAAUUUAGACUGAGCAAAGAACUGGUUCAGGAAAGAGUGAAGGAUAACGUCAUUAUUGUGACCUUUGGGAACUAUGCAUUCAUGGAUUUUAUCCUGACUUGGGUUAAACACUUGACUGAUCUGGGGCUUUCUAACCUUCUCAUUGGUGCAAUGGACACCAAACUGUUGGAGGCUUUGUACUGGAAAGGUGUUCCAGUAUUUGAUAUGGGCAGCCAUAUGAGCACAAUAGAUGUUGGAUGGGGAUCACCAACAUUCCACAAGAUGGGGAGAGAAAAAGUUAUACUGAUAGACUCAAUCCUCCCUUAUGGCUAUGAGCUCUUGAUGUGCGAUACCGACAUGGUUUGGUUAAAGGACCCACUUCCAUAUCUUGCUCGCUAUCCUGAAGCAGAUGUCUUGACUUCCAGUGAUCAAGUUGUACCAACAGUCACUGAUGACAGGUUGGACAUUUGGCAACAAGAUGCUGCUAAAAGAUUGGCCAAGGAAUGGAAAGAUAUGCUUCUAGCUGAUGAAAAGAUAUGGGAUCAGAAUGGGUUUAAUGAUCUCGUAAGGAAACAGUUAGGACCACCUGUUGAUGGAGAGAGUGGACUUGUGUAUGCUUUUGAUGGAAAUCUGAAGCUGGGAGUUUUGCCUGCAAGCAUAUUUUGUAGCGGGCAUACAUAUUUUGCCACGUCAUUUGAAUUUCAAUCCAAAGAAUUUAAGGUUGACACAUCACUUUUAAAACCAGAACUCAAAUUUUCCAUAAUUAAAAAAACAAAAUAG